UCAACCUCAUUAGGCUCCUGCCCAGGAGCAAAUCGCUUCGUAACCGUGCACCGCUUAAUUGAUUAUUAGCACAAGUUUAUUGGUUUUGACUGUCGCAAUGGAGGGGGACUGUGGCGUGGCUGAAGAUUUCGACUGUUCACGCCUUCUGUGUGAGGAACUGGAGGAUUUGGAAACAAAGAUUUACCAGAGGAGGACGAGGAGGUGGCAGAGGGACGAAGGGGAAGAGGAGGAAGGAUUUAAUCAGAGCAAGGAUGAAGAGGCUGGAGUGGAGGCAGACCAAGAACAGGGGGAUGAGGAUAAAGAAAAGAAAGUUGUUGUGUCAGAAACGCAGCGGACGGCAGCAGAGGGAGAAGAGGAGGAGCAGGCGAACCCAGAGAGUAAGUGUGGAGCAGAGGAGACCGAGGAGGUUCAGGUGGAACACGAGAUUGAGAACAUCAAGGAAACAAUCGCUGAAGAGCCAGAGGACAAAGAUACAAGAAGUCCAGAGGAGAGGGACGAAAAGAAAAAGAGCAGGAAGCGGCGAGGGAGGAAGCAAAGUGAGCGGGUAAAAAACAGGAGAAGUUUAAAAGAUGUUAGCGAGCAGUUCGUGGAGAAGGAGAGUCGAACACAGGAGGCGUCAGCCGUGAACUCUGAGGAGAGGUUGUCUCCGUCGGAGCCUCCCGUUGGACUGACAGACAGCUGUGGCCUCUCGGAUCCCGUCCACCUGGACUCUGAGGGGCCGGGGACGCAUGUCCCUCUCCCCCCGCCGCACUCCUCCCAGCCUCCAGCCUCCAUCCAACCUGCACCUCCUCAGCCCGAAGGGACAAAAAGGCCUCACAGCCCUCCUCCACCUCUCCAUGUCCACCAGCAGGGCCUUCAGCCGCUCGAGAUGGAGAUAACCCAGGUCCACUCCACCCGACGCUCCAUCCGCUACAGCAGCAGGGGACAAGGCCGCGCUCUGAGCGUCCCUCUGCUGCCGGCAUUAGAAACUGUGGACAACUGCAUGCUUCCCCCUGCACAGAAGAAGAAAACUCGAACACUCUACAGUACCGAUCAGUUAGACCACCUAGAGGCCUUGUUCCAGGGGGACCACUAUCCUGACGCAGAGAAGAGGAAAGUCAUCGCGGCGUCAGUUGGUGUCACACCGCAAAGGAUUAUGGUCUGGUUUCAGAACCGCCGGGCUAAGUGGAGGAAGGCGGAGCGAUCCAAUACGGCAAGAGUUGACCACAGACUGAGCAAAGUUGGAUGCAGCAGAAGCAGCCCCCCACAUCACCACAUCAAUCCCACCCUGCCCUCACUGGCCCCCAGCAGUAAGGGACCUUGUUUUUCCAGUCACUGUGCCACUCAGCUUGCCCCUGCAGCAAAUUUUUUCCCCAACCUGCCCAACCAGACUCCGCCCCCAUACAACAACCUUCUGGCGAGCCCAGGUCAACCCAGAGGGAGGGAUGUGGGCCAGCACCAGCUUUCCUCUCAGGGGGGGUUGGCAGAGUACCACCCCCGCCCCUUGCCGAGCCCUCCCCCGUUGCGUCGAGCCAGUCUCCCUAUUUUUCCAGUGGCUUACAACCCUGCAAACCCAACUCCUCCUCCUCCUCUCCUUAAAACCCUGGCUCACACCCCACCUCUGUUCCUGGACGCCCUGGAGGGGGGCUCCGCAUUGGCCCACCGCGACGCCCAGUCACUGCAGACUGACGCCUGUUCUUUCUUCGAAUUUGGGGAGAAGUUUGACUUCUUGACCUCAGGCCAGCAGAACAACCCCCUCUCCUACCAGCUGCAGACCUCUUACUCCUCCACCCAGCACCAAACUCAAGCAUCUCUGCCCUGCAUGACCUACCUCACCCCCUCCCCCUACCUCCCCCCCAACCCUCCGGAAUCCAACCCUACCUCGUACCUGACCUUUGGCCCCGGAGGAAACUCCACUGGGAUGGUGACCUAUUCGACGGGAAGCCACGCUUACUUGCAGAGCACCGGACAAAUACUUCUGCAGUCGGCAGGUCAUCGCGGGGGGAUCACCGCGUACCAGUCGUACCCGUGGGGCGGACUGUACAGUCAACCAGCCCUACACCAGCGGACUCCGUGCCCUCCAAUUUACCCCGGCAGCUUGGAAGGUGCUCGAGAUCAUCAGCCCUCCUCCACCACCCUGCCUCCACCUUCCUUCUUCGCCCAGGGGGACCAGGGCUCCUCGCAUGUAACCUCUGAAUGCUCAUCACACAACCAUACGCACAACUCCAGCAGCAGCAGCACCGUCCUCCCCCCAGUGUCCACCCUGCGGCCUUCUCGCCUCCGAGCAGAGAUCACUCCGGCCAAAGCUGCCUCCCUGCUGUCUUCUCAGGUCAGCCCUGCUUCUCCAGACAGCUCUCCGGGGCCCCCUGGUGCCAAAAUGGAGUAUGACAGCCCUCGAGAGAUUCACAGCCACUUUCAAUGCGAAUUCUCCCCCAUACACUUUUGACUACUAACUAUGUUUGUGUGAGAGAGUGCGAUCAAAGUAUCGGUGUUGAUAUAGCCUGUGUAAAUGGGAGUAUUUCUGUAUUUGUAUUACUGUUAGGAUGCUGGUUGAAAUAUUAUUAUAAGCUGCAUUUAGCUUGACUUCAAUAAAUGCACAUUGUUCUGCCAAUCCUUUUUUAUUUUUACGUUAAACUCUCUUGAUUUAAAUAACAGUCUCCAUCAUCAUAUUAUUAUUCAACAUUUCAUUGCACCAGGGAACAGUGUUUUAUUGAGACAAUUUAGUUACAAGCCCGACUGAGAGGGGCGUGGGAGGUGGGUUAAUAGCCGAGCGUAAUUGUUUUCCUCAUCCUCUUCGGUAUAUAUGUGUGUUCACAAAUCAUAAACAUUUUUAAUUAAGUUUUUGAACCCAGUCACACCCAUGAGCCUUGAUUACAG